ACCUUCGAGACAAGUACUGCAAUCCCGUUAAUCCUUUUUCCAUUAGCUUGUAAUCUUUCUUUAUAUUCGCAAAGCAUAAAAUAAUAUCAAACUCAUCAUAUUAACCUCCUACCAAAAUCUUGUCUCCCGUUUUCCGAUUAUUAAUUGUUUAUUUCUCCUACUUAUUUCUCUAUUUAGGAUACUCUACCAACUUAAGAUCUUUAAUAAAAAUUUUAAUUAAUUCUUACAAAUAGUUUAUACGUGUAUUUAAAAGAGGUACUUCCAGUGAAUGUCUAAGGGUAUUAUAUAAUUAACUCUUAAUAAAGAUCUGAAAAGGAGAGAAACUGAUGAUGAAUCGUGAUCGUAGUUCAAACUCUGUCAAAGUUCGUGGUCCACGAGUUAAAACAAAUAUUAGUAGCUCUAAACUCGAUAUUCCGACACAGCCACCUCCACUUGUGCGCAGCAACACUUUACCUCCCAAUCACACAAGCGUUCCUCGCGUUCCUCGAAGUCCUCGCAGUAGUUCAAUAGGAUUGUCGGAUAAAGAGAAAGCUAGGUCUGAUGAUGGCUUCCAUUCUGAUUCCGAUAAAGAUAGUAACCAAUCAGCAAAUUCGAGUAUAAGCAUACAUAGUAGUAAAGGAUAUCUUACUAAAUCUCCCUCAAUCAAGUCUAAUGUUGUCGCAAAAGUACGCCCAAAAUCCUCUCUUGGAACUAUGUCGGAUAAUUCAUCAUCAGAUAAAUCAAAAGUAGAACUUGAUAUUGCUACUUUAAAUCGUCAAUUUAAAGCCGAUAAACAAGCAGAAGAAGCAAAGAAAAAUAGAAAGAUUCAAGAUUUGGAAAUAUCAAUACAAACAUUGACGAAAUUUAAUGCUGAAUUGGAAGCUACUAAUAAAAAACAAGCUGCAGAAAUUCAAGAAUUGAAAAGAAAACUUAAUAUUAAUGACUCAUUCAUGUCAAUAUAUGAAUCCGAUGACGAUGACGAAGUAUCAACAGAGACUGAUUUAGUAGAAAUUGGAAAAGAUAAUGACGCUCGAUACCGUCAAAUAUGUAUGAUGAUAGAUGAGCUAAUUCAGAAGGCAAAUGAUGCUAUUGCAUAUAAGUCAAAAAUAGGGGGAGGUAGUAAAGUUCUGACAAAUGCUCAAUUAGAUUCUGAUAUCGUGAAGUUUCAAAAUCCUUACACGGAUGAAUCACCUAAAAGCUUAGAAGUUAUAAAAGAAUCGGAUUUCAAUUCAGAAGAGAAAAUUAACAUUUGUACAAAAUCGAAUUCGAGUGUAGUUAAUGAACAAACAUUUGUAAAUGAUCCGAAGAUAACAAUCGAAAAUGACAAUGCAAAUUCUACGGUUCAACCAAAUAAUUUAUUUUUGGCUGAACAUGAAGAAAAAAAUCAAUCAUUGCAGGCUAAUAUAGAACGUGCUCGUACAGUAGCAAAUGAACUUUUGUCUCUUGAAAAACAAGAUAAUAAUGUAAAUAAUACUCCACAUAAUUCCGAGCGUAAAGGUCUUGGAAUACUACUAAAUGGGCAUUCGCUACAUAAAACUCCUAGUUCUAUUAACGGUAGUGAUUCGUCACAACCUUCUCCUAGGAUGCUCCUCUUAUAUGAACUUCAAGAGUCAUUGGGAAUUGGUGAUGCGGAAUCUUCGAAAUAUUUGAAAGAGAAUCGUAGAAGUUUACCAGUGAUGUCAUCAAGUAAAAUUAACUUUAUCAUUUCACCUUCUGAAGAGGAAGCUGUUUCAAGACCGUCGUCACGAAGUCAAACUCAAUCUAAUAAACCGAAUGUUUAUCGUCGUCGAUCUUCACCUAAUUUUAGAACUCAAUCAAUGUCGAACAUAUCAAUUAUAAAGGAGAAUGAUUCGAUCUUGAAUUCUCUUCCACAUGGUUCUGAUGUUGAGAAACGUUCAAUAUGGACUUUUUUCUAUAAAAAAACCUUUUAAUUUUUACUUUAAUAUGGCUUUUUAAAAGAACAUUUAAGAGCAAGGUAUAAUAUAUCGAUAUUUUUGAUGCUGGUACUUUUAUCCUCUUAAUUUUGAAAAGUUUGGAUAUUAUAAAUAUAUGCAUAUUCUUUAAUUAUAGAGUUGCUUUCCGUGACAUAUAGAACAAAAAAAAACAAUUAAAUAAUAAAAAAGUGUAAUUAAUUGGCGGGAAAAAAAUUUAAGGGUU